AGAGAGAAUAAUCAUAUGUGCGUAGUGAGACAAGCAGGCAAUACCUUUUCUUUUUGAGGAAAAGGACUGGACAUUUCCUGCAAGCGACACACACCAGCACCUGCUUCAUUUAAACAAAGAUACUUACAGUCAUUUUUAAACUCCAAGAGGAAGAAGAUUCUGCAGCCAUGUCUUUCAACAUUGAUGUCAACAGCCCUAAUGUGAGGUACACAGAUACACACAUUGAGUCCGAGUAUGAGUACCAGACCUCAUCCGUUCACAAAGAGGGGAACAGAGUCACAGUGACUCCCCGCACCACCAAGAUGACCUUCCGCACAGACAGACGUGUGCCCAAGCUGGGUGUGAUGCUGGUGGGAUGGGGAGGGAACAACGGGACCACAGUGACUGCAGCCGUGCUGGCCAACAAGCUGGAUCUCACCUGGAGAACCAAGAUGGGAAUGAAGAAAGCGAACUACUUCGGCUCCCUCCUGCAGGCGUCUACUGUUUGUCUGGGAUCAGGGCCAGAGGGCGAGGUCAACGUGCCCCUCCGUGACCUCCUACCCAUGGCGCACCCUAAUGAUAUAGUCUUUGACGGCUGGGAUAUUUCCUCAAUGGAUCUUGGCAGUGCGAUGGAGAGAGCUCAGGUGUUCGACUGGUCUUUGCAAGAGCAGCUGAGACCUCACAUGAGCGGCCUGAAACCCAGACCCUCCAUCUACUUCCCUGAUUUCAUCGCGGCAAACCAGGAGGAUCGUGCCGACAACGUCCUCACUGGGAGCAUGGCGGAGCAGAUGGAGCAGAUCAGAGCUGACAUCAGAGACUUCCGUCAGUCGAGUGGUGUGGACAAAGUCAUUGUUCUGUGGACCGCCAACACCGAGCGCUUCUGUGAUAUCAUACCUGGGGUCAAUGACACUGCCAAGAACCUGCUUGCUGCCAUCAAGACUGGAGCAGCGGUUUCUCCCUCCACUCUGUUUGCAGUUGCCAGCAUACUGGAGGGUUGUGCCUACAUCAACGGCUCCCCGCAGAACACCUUUGUACCUGGAGCCAUAGAGCUGGCCGUGCAGAAAGGAGUGUUCAUCGGAGGAGACGACUUCAAAUCCGGUCAGACCAAGAUCAAGUCAGUGCUGGUUGACUUCCUGGUCAGUUCAGGUAUCAAGCCGAAAUCCAUUGUCAGCUACAAUCACCUCGGCAACAACGAUGGGAAAAACCUGUCUGCUCCGGAGCAGUUCCGCUCCAAGGAGAUCUCCAAGAGCAACGUGGUGGAUGACAUGGUGCAGUCCAACCCCAUCCUGUACCAGCCGGGAGAGAAACCUGACCACUGUGUGGUGAUUAAGUAUGUCCCCUAUGUGGCCGACAGCAAGCGCGCCAUGGAUGAAUACACUUCUGAAAUAAUGAUGGGAGGGACCAAUACCAUCGCACUGCACAACACCUGCGAGGACUCUCUGCUAGCCAGCCCGAUCAUCCUGGACCUGGUGAUCCUGACGGAGCUCUGUGAGCGUAUUGCUGUCAGACCCCAGGGGGAGGAGGACUUCCAGUCCUUCCACAGUGUCCUGGCCCUGCUCUCCUUCCUCUGCAAGGCCCCCCUUGUCCCAUCAGGGACCCCGGUCAUCAACGCAUUCUUCCGCCAGAGGGCCAGCAUAAUAAACAUCAUGAGAGCGUGCCUGGGCCUUCCUCCCCAGAACCACAUGCUGCUGGAGCACAAGCUGCAGAGGAACUUCCUGCCUCCACAAGCAGCCUACAUCAACGGUCAUGUGACUGCUUCAAAGAAAGUAGUCCUCACCAACGGUAACCAUGUGCCGCAAACAAAUGGCAUCCAUGCACAAGGCGGUGACGCAGACAUUGCAUUAUGACAUUAUAACACUACAGCCCAACAAGUGAAACUUAACAACACUUAACUGUAAAGUUGAUUUGUCUAUCAUUGCAAAAAACAAUAACACUAGUUUUACAACUUUCAAAGUAAACUUGACAUUUAUGUAGGAUGCAUUUAACAACAUAGGUAUUCAACAAGUUUUGGCCUAUUAAAAAAAAAUGGCAUGGUGCUGCAACAUUUAAAUAUCAUUAAUGCAGUCGUCCUCUAUAGCUGUUGAGCAUCAACAGAGGCAUAUAUGGAGUACACUUCAAUAAUCUCCACGUGGCGUAACAGUGUUCAAAGCAGGCUAUUUUGUUAAAAAUAUCUGUUUUUUUUAAGCAGAGUUAACCAUGUACUGAAUAUUUUAACGAGUAAAAGCUUUUUAUUUGCUUGUAAGUAGUUUUGUGUGUGCAAUGCAUAUUUAAUAUCCAAUUGUACAGUAACGUUCUUAGAAAUAGGUUCAUAUGUUUAACAAACAUGAGACUGAUCGUGCAGCCAUUUAAAAAAAAACGUUAUUGAUAAAUGAUGUAUUUGUUGUUUGAUGAUCGAAGGCCAUCUUCCUAACUUACUGUAUGUUGGUAUGUAUAUCACGGCCAUUAUGUAGACAUCCAUAUGUUUUGUUUAAAGAUAGAUGAUGAAAAUAUGGAUGCUGUAUUGACCGUUUUGUUUAGCAAUAACCUGGGCUGUUAUCAUGUUCUAUACAUUAAACCUUAAAAUAUUGCUUAAA